GUGGACCCACUUUUAUCUUCCUUCCCUUCCUCUUGCACUUCAACCACUUCCUCCCCCUUUACUAUGAACACCAAAGUUUGAUGACUUAGCAGAAAAUAAUGUCUUCCAGUUAUCUUUUCUCAUCAAACUCAUCUCUAUUAACUCCCAGAAAACCCAUAAACUCCUCCACAUCAUUUCCUCCUCAACUUUUUACUCCUCCCCAGUAUAUUACCUUCAGUAAAAGAAACUUUGUAUCACCAAUAUCAGUGACCUCUCCUUCUAUUUCAUACCCUCAACCACCCUUCAAUGUGGAGUACUUGGAGAGAGAAUUUGGCAGCCGUGGAGUCUCAUUCGCAGAGCUCGGCGACAGCUAUGUCAUCAAGAUGCUCUUGGAAAACGGCAGUGCAGCAAGUGUGCUGAUGCCAAGUGGAUUGAUCACAUCUUAUAAGCCUAAGAUGUGGUAUGGAAGCUCCAUUGAGGUUUUGCAUACAUCCGUCUUGGAGACAAGAACUGAUGAUCAUGGUGAGGUUACUGGUGGUCAUACAAUUCAAGGUGGUGUGUCUUUGACUUUGGAUUGUGUAGGUGAAAAUGGAUUUUCAUGGUCUCCAGUUAGUUGGAUUCUCAAUGAUGUAGAAGGAACCUCCCAAGAUUGUAUUCAGGUAGAAAUAAUAAGCAGAGACUCAGGAAACAUGGUUGAAGUGAAAUACAACAUAACUCUGAAGGAAGAUACCUUGAGUUCAGAGGUGACUGUAUCAAACUCAAGAUCCUCACAACUGGAGCUAACAGGUUCUAUUGUAAGCCAUCUGACUGUAAGCACACCUGAAGCCACUUAUGCAUAUGGAUUAGAGAGAUCAAAUUUCAUCAACAAGCUACCGCUUAACACAAAGUUCGGUAUAAUUCCUCCCAACUCAACAAAAAAUAAAGUGACAAGUUCUACUCAGGCAUGGCCUUUAUCAUCACUCAAGGAGUUCUUCACUACAAAAAGGGACAUCGAUGAAACAAAAGAGGAAACAAUAGGUGAAGAGAAGGAAAACUACAAGCAUUUAUCUGGAAAAAUGAGUGCGAUAUACACGAGUGCACCUCGAAACUUCACCAUCAUAGACAGGGGUAAAAGGAACUCAGUGAUUGUUGGAAGAAAGGGGUUUGAAGAACUAUACAUGUACAGUCCAGGCUCAAGCUAUGAAGCGUAUGGCAAGUAUGCUUAUAUUAUUGUUGGACAAUCAGCUAUGCUCAAACCUAUAAGAGUAGGUCCUGACAAAAUGUGGAGAGGAGAGCAGUACUUACAUAAUCCAAAUCUAUAGAUGCUAAUUUCUAAUGUUUGAAGUUGUAUUUUGUAAAAAGAAUCUGUCAGACAUGGAAUAUACUGUUUUUUUCCACACUUAUCUAAGGUGUUGAACAGUGGAAUAAUUGGAGCAUUUCCUUAUGCUCCCUGAAGCCAAUCAGCCGAGGAGAUCUUGAGGAGUAUAUGGAAGCCCUUAGCCCUCAAUGAUAUAUACGUCUCCAAUGAAGUUGCAAUAUUAAUGACUAGUCUUACAUGUACGCGAUGCGUGCGAAAGUAUAUAAUAGAGCUAAAAUCAUCUUUUUUUUGUUUAACUAAAGCAGGUAGUUAACCUUCUUUAUUUUUUCUUUUUUCUAUUUUAUAAUAGAGAUUAUUGAUUGUUAAUUAUAAAUUAUAAUAAUUCAUUAU